AGGCACAUCCGACGGAGAGUUGAGUGCUUCAACACCGACAUCCAUCUGCAGAGCUCCAUCCACCUGCUGCUACACCUGAACACCACACGGUCUCCGCCACUUUACUGCUGCUACUUCAUCAUGUUGAAGCCCGUUGCAUUGCUCCUCCUGCUGGCAGGUGUGGUCCACACUGUGCCCCACCCUGUGUGCACUGUGACUGCCUCCACCGUCAUCGAUUUCUUCAACAGAAUCCGGUCGGUCCCGGAUCGCUGUACAUACACACUGACAGGAGAUGACACUAUUGAACUAUUGGCGAGUUUCCGGGAGCGAAGCCGUACAGAUGUGCCAUUUUUGGACGCCUUGACAAUAACUGCGGCAGGUUUAACAAUCUAUCUUGGACAAGGGGGGAUAGUUCAGGUUAAUGGCCAAACACUAACGCUCAACGCCACGGCUCAGCUGAUUAGCUUUGCGGAGUUCUCCAAGGACCAGACUGGAGCCACUGUCCAGAUUGGUUCUUCGCUCACAAUCUCUUUUGAUGGCAACACUGCAGUAAUCACAGGAGUUGAUGCAGCUGCAGAAGGCUUGUGUGGUAACCCCAUCAACGCCAGUCAGACCUUCAAUCUGGCUGAAGAGAAGUCUUCCUCCAGUGUGUUUGGCUGCGAGGUCCUGUACAGCGACACCCCCAACAAUACGACCAACUGCAACCUUACAACUGAACACUGUAAUCUCCUGAUGCAGGCACCCUUCACCGAUUGCCAAGUUGACCCAGCUCCCUACAUAACCGCCUGCGCAGAAACUUCGUGCAAAUUCCCGACCGAGGAAGGCCUCGCUCUCAGCUGCCAGUUUUUGGACGCUUACGCCAAGACCUGCGGUCUGAACACCAACAUCACACUGGGCGACUGGAGGUCACUUGCCGAUUGCCCUGUCCCUCAGGUCUCCUGUACGGAGCUGUACUGCAGUGAUAACGAGUACUGCGACGGGAACAACGGUGAACCCCAAUGCCUCUGUCGGGCUCUUUUUGCCGCCAAGUACACACCAACAAACUCUUUAGGCGACCCGACAGUCUGCAUGGGGAGCUCAGCCACUCUUACUCUGGCUGGAUGUCUGCUCAGCGCCAAAAACAUCGACUACACCACCUUACGCCUCCUAGACGAAAGCUGCGUAGGACACAUGGACAGCGAGACCCACAUGGUGACUUUCAGCUUUGACAGCAGCAACACCUGUGGGACCGAGAUCAUGAACAACGGAAGCCAAAUCAUCUACCAGAACGCCAUCACGAUGCAGAACAGCUCCACGGACGUCAUCACCCGCCACGACCAAGUCAGCAUCGACUUCUCCUGCUUGUACACAGUGCCAGACCUCACGAGUGUGUCCUUCAAAAUCAAAGAGAGCUCCGUGGUGGAGGAGAUUGUAUCUGGAAUUUGGAAUUACACUCUGAUGAUGAAAGCGUACACCGACAACGAGUUUGUGAACCUUGUCGGGCCGGACACUGAGCUGGUACUGGACCAGAAGGUCUGGGUGGAGCUGAUGACGGAGGGGCUGGACAACAACAUGGUCUCCAUAGUGACCGACUCCUGCUGGGCGACCAACCAGCCGUCACCAAAUGCAAGUCUGCGAUACGACCUCGUCAUCAACGGAUGCCCAAACCCUGCUGACCAGACGGUGAGUGUGCAGGGAAACGGACUGGGAACAUUCAACGUCUUCUCUUUCAACAUGUUCCAGUUCUCUGGGAAAGCUGGCGACAUCUACCUGCACUGCCAACUGGAGCUGUGCCCCAAACACGGCAACUCCUGCGCUCAGAUCUGCAGCAGAGGUGGCAGGAGGCGCAGAUCACUAAGGUCUAAAAGAGCAGAUGAAAACCCAGCUCUCAUCACUAUGGCCUGGAAUAAUUAAAGACAGCUCUCCUUUUUGAUCGAUUACAUGUUUUGUCUGGUUGUCUCCUCAGAUGGUUCCUGACUUAAGCUUCGUCCCCAUAAAGAGCCUGAGAUGUCACUGAGCAUCUGAAAGUUGAUCGUUGCUGUAAAACAAAUGCUUCGAUCCACCUGAGAUA